AUGGAGCGUGAAGGGAGAAUGAUAGUAGAGGCAGUGGAAGGGAUUGUAGAGGAGAAGUUAAGGAAAAUGCUGAAGGAAAAGAAGGAGGAAGACAGAAAAAAGGACGAGAGGAUGGAGGAACUAGAGGAGAAGGUAAGGAGGCUGGAGAGAAAGAUAGAAAGGUUGGAGCAAAGUGGAGGAAAAAGGAAGAGGAAGGAUAGCGAGGAGAGUAUGGCGGGAAAGAAGAAAUGGUGGGCAGGUGAGGGUGAAAGGAACGAGGACGACUUCAGAAAGAGGAAUAUAAUUAUAAGAGUGGAGAAAGAGAAAUGGGAAGGUAAGGAGACCAACUGGGAGAAAGUGAAGGAGCUUUUCGAAGAAAGGCUGAAGGUGAAGGUGAAGGUAAGAGAGGUGAUAGUGGUGGGGCAGAGAGGGAUUUGGUUAACGAUUUUGGUAAAGCUAGGAGACGAGGAGAAGAAGAGGAGGGUUUUGGAGGCGAGGAGAAGGGCAGGGAACUCCAUAGGAGUUAAGAUACACGAGGAUAAGUCGGUGGAAAGGAGGGUUAGGGAGAGAGAAGAAGGGAGAAAGGAGGUGCACAAGUGCACAGGGAGAUCGGCGGAGGAAGAAAUCACGAGAAGGUUGGAGGAGAAGCUUCUCUUGAGCCCAGAGGAGGAGAAGGAGGAGGGACGAGAGAGGAAGCAGGCCAAAUAG